AUGCAGCCUCAACCUCAAUACAAUCGAGGAUAUCCUCAGCGGUCUCCACAUGCUGCACCGCAACCCACACGGCGAGGAAUAGGUCCUAUGGUCGGCGCGCAUCCCCAGAACUCCUUGACACCUUCUCAGAUGCAAGCUCAACAGCAAGCCCAUGCCCAGGCGACUGCGCGCGCAAAGCUUCGAAGUCAAAAGCCGACGGACAAGAACAUACCAGAAGGGGUCGAAGACUGCAUAAUUGGCGAUGGAGUCCAACGUUACAGAGAUUUAAGAGAUAUUGAACGAAGGCUCGAUUCCACUAUGAUGAGAAAGAGACUAGAUCUUCAAGACUCUGUCAACCGGAAUGUCAAACGAUACAGAACAUUGCGCAUAUGGGUUAGCAAUACAGUAGAAGACCAACCGUGGCAAGCAGAUACCCUAGAUAUGGACAGCGCGUUUGACUUCAAUACGAACAUGGACUCCUCAUACCGAGUGAAGAUUGAGGGCAGAUUGCUUGAUGAGGAAGAUGAUGGUAUUGAUAGUGACGAGGAUGAUGAGGAUGGUGAUGAAGUGGAAGAUGAAGACGCCAUGGAUGAAGAUAACAAGGAGAAGAAGAAAAAGUCGCCAACUCCGACCAAAUCAUACAAGUUUUCGCAUUUCUUCAAGGCAAUGACGGUAGACUUUGAUCGGAACAAGGCGAAGGAUGGUUCAGACCAGAGCGUGGAAUGGAAGAAACCUGCAGUUCCAGCAAACGCCCGAGAUCUCCCAAACGCCGCCGAUUUUGACCAGCUGGAGUUUAAGCGAGGCGGUGAUGAGAACAUGAACGUCACAAUCAAUUUAGUGAGAGACGAAACGCCAGAAAGAUUUGCGCUGAGUCCAGCUCUUGCUGAAGUGCUGGAUACCAAUGAAGCUACACGGGCUGAAUCUGUGAUGGGUAUAUGGGAAUACGUGAAGGCUAUGGGUUUGGAAGAAGAUGAGGAAAAACGGACUUUCAAUUGUGAUGAUCGACUGAGAGCUGUUUUCAACCGAGAUCAAGGCUACAUACCAUAUCUAGCCGACCAGAUAAUCAACCACAUGCAUCCACUACCUCCAGUCAAGUUACCAUACACGAUUCGAGUUGAUAAGGAUUUCCACGAUAAUCCACAACCAAGCGUCUUUGAUGUUCAAGUGCAGGUUGACGAUCCACUGCGCGCGGCUCUUGCUUCUUACUUGACCAACGAGUCUUACACCAAGGAUCUACAGGAAGUCAUACGUUUAAACGAACACACUGCUGUGCUCGUCCAGAAAAUAGCCAACUCCAAGUCGAAGCACACGUUCUUUGAAGCACUAUCAAAGAAUCCAACCGAGUUCAUUGCCAAAUGGCUUAGUUCCCAGAAACGAGACCUUGAGAUCAUUGCAGGAGAGGCUACCCGAGGAGGUGGCGAGGAUGCAGGCGGCGAUGAGUGGAGGAAAGGCGGUAGAGAUAGUAUCUGGGGUAGUGAAAACGUUAGAGAGAGCGUGAGUUUGUUAGUUGGGCAGAAGACGAGGGCAUGA